AGGGGAGGGGCGAUGGAGGGGUCGCCGACGAAGCGGCGGAUGAUGAGGAGGCCCUUGGGGAAGGCCGGGACGGUGGGGCUCGCCGUCGUGGCCACGGCAACCGUCGCGCUGCUCCUGCUGAUGCUCGUACGCACCGCGUCGCUCCACUACUCCGCCGCCGUCGACUACGCGCUCGCGGCGCCCAGGAAGCUGUGGAGCGGCGGGGUAUCCAUCGCUACCGAGGCGUCGCCGUCGCCGGAGACGUCGGAGACGGGUGCGGCGGCGAUGGCGGCAGAGGAGGAGUGCGACCUGUUCGACGGGAGCUGGGUGUGGGACGACAGCUACCCGCUGUACGACUCCAAGGACUGCCCCUUCCUGGACGGCGGGUUCCGGUGCUCGGAGAACGGCCGGCCGGACUCGUCCUAUCUCAAAUGGCGGUGGCAGCCGUCGCGCUGCGAUCUACCCAGAUUUGAUGCCAAAUUUAUGCUCGAGAAGCUACGGAAUAGAAGAGUGGUAUUCAUCGGUGAUUCAAUCGGGAGGAACCAAUGGGAGUCUCUGCUUUGUAUGCUCUCUAGUGCUGUUCCUAACAAGAAGUCCAUCUAUGAAAUCAAUGGAAGCCCCAUCACAAAGCACACCGGCUUCUUGAUUUUCAAGUUUAGCGACUACAAUUGCACCGUGGAGUAUUACAGGUCUCCUUUCAUAGUCCUUCAAGGCCGUCCACCAGCUGGAGCCCCUAAGGUUGUUAAGUACACAAUUAAGGUGGACGCCAUGGAUUGGAUGUCGGACCGUGGUAAGUGGAGCAAUGCUGAUAUUUUGAUCUUUAACACUGGGCAUUGGUGGAACUACGACAAAACAAUUAGAGGGGGUACCUAUUUUCAAGAAGGCGGUAAGGUGAAGAUGAAGAUGACUGUUAUUGACGCGUACCAAAAAUCAAUACAAACACUAUUCAAUUGGAUUAAUACAAAAGUUAACACAAGCAAGACCCAGGUCAUCUUCCGUACUUAUGCUCCUGUGCACUUCAGAGGUGGCGACUGGAAGAAUGGAGGGAGUUGCCAUUUGGAAACUCUUCCUGAUACGACACCGGUUAAAUCGCUGGCGCAAUGGGCUGACCAUCUUCAGCCUGUCCAUGAUGUUCUCGGGAGCAGCAUCAGACCCAAGCUGCCUGGGUUAGCUAUAUUGAACGUGACACAGAUGACGGCGCAGCGAAAAGAUGGUCACCUGUCGAUAUACAACAACCCUUCAGGGCCUGUCCCCCUGCGUAGGCAGGAUUGCAGCCAUUGGUGCUUGCCUGGAGUUCCUGAUACCUGGAACGAGCUUGUGUGCUCUGUCUUCAUGAUGGACCAAAAUGUUUCUCUUGUUGCUUCAAGAGCAGUGAAUACAGGCUGACUAAAAUUCUGGGGGUAGGCUACCCGAUCGAUGCUCGCCCGGUGAAGCAUUGAAGCUUGGUUCGUUAUCCUCCUGCAUGAUGAUGCUGAAAGAUAGGAGCUGGAUGGCAGGAAGCUCUGUUGUAUGCUGUGAGGAGAAAGGCAUAGCAAUAGGUCGAUGUGAUGCCUAUGUUUCACAGAGGCAGAAAAAGCGUUAUUUGAUGUGAUCAUAGCUUACGGGGGCUGCAUUCAGUGAAGUACAUAGUAUACUUGGUUGUUGUUAUAUUGGGGGUGUUGACGUGGUGAUUGUCUGUAAUUCAGGAAUUACAUCCAACAAGAGUGAGAUCCAGGGCCUC